AUGCCUUCACAAGCUCAUGUCGGCCGCCCAAAACUUCAAGGCCGUCGACAUUGGUCGGGAAUUUCAAUUCUCUCGAAGCGAUCGUUUCGCUCCUUUACAUCUGAUUUCGAAGCUGAUGACGAACGAUCCUCGACCGACGGUAGCAUGAGUUCACAGAGCGGCGACAGCGAUUUGCUCCCAAUCGGGGCGCCAUACUACUCCGGCCAUGAUACGCGACCAACCAGCCGGAAGGAAUUGCUUGGCUGGUACAUGUACGGCUUUGCAGCCGAGGUUUAUGUGGUUUGUGGAAUCGGUUCAUUCAUUCCUAUUCUCCUGGAAACUUUGGCCCGAGAAAACGGCGUACUGGUUUCGGACCAUACGAAGCCAUGCGGAUCGAGUGACAGCAAAGGCGGAGACGACGGGCAAUGCGUCGUCUACGUUUUGGGUCUCGAAAUCAACACCGCCAGUUUUGCAAUGUACACCUUUUCAGUCAGUGUCCUGCUGCAAGCGCUCCUGGUCGUGAGCAUCAGUUGUGCGGCCGAUCAUGGACAUUACAGAAAGAAGCUCCUCUUAGCAUUUGCAUGGCUUGGUGCCUUCUCCGUCAUGUGCUACAUCUUCAUCAGCAGGGAGACCUACGUCCUAGGUGCUAUUCUCACUAUCCUCUCCAAUACGUCUUUUGGGGCAUCCUUUGUGCUCUUGAAUUCGUUUUUGCCGCUGCUGGUACGAAAUCAUCCCGAGGUGCUGAGUGCUCAGCGUGGAACGACGCCGGAUUUGGCGGGUUCCGUGUCAGAGUCCAGACCUCUAGACGAGUCAGUUGGCACACUGGAGAAUGAAGCUGCUAAUGCAGCGUCGCCACUUCUGCCCAGUGACAAUGCUGCGUCGCAUCUACGACUUCGUAGAGCCGCAACCCACGAGGAACUUACUUCGACUGAACUUCAGCUCUCCUCCCGCAUGUCUGCCAAGGGCAUGGGCAUCGGCUACAUCGCUGCCCUCUUCGUUCAAUGCUUGUCCAUUGGCAUUCUGCUCAGCAUGAAGAACUCUACGUGGUCUCAAAGAGUAGUCCUUUUCGUCAUCGGGACUUGGUGGGCAGUGUUUACUGUCCCGUCAGCCCUGUGGUUACGACCAAGACCCGGACCGCCACUGGUAAACACGGGAAGGAAGGGCGCAUUUGGAUGGAUACCGUACCUGACUUAUGCCUGGAAAUCUCUUUUCCGUACUAUCCAACAAGCAAGAAGGUUAGCAGACAUCAUGUUAUUCCUUGCGGGAUGGUUCUUGCUGUCGGAUGCCAUUGCCACGACCUCUAGCACCGCCAUCUUAUUCGCCAAGACACAAUUACACAUGCGUCCCUGGGCGUUGGGUAUGAUCAAUGUCAUUACAACCAUGUCUGGAAUACUCGGCGCAUUUGGGUGGCCGAUGGUAUCUCGAGGCUUGGGCUUGAAAGCCCAUCAGACCAUUUUGGUUUGCAUCGCCCUCUUUGAACUUAUUCCCCUUUAUGGGCUUACGGGCUACCUCCCAUUUGUGAAGAGUUGGGGUGUCCUUGGCCUCCAACAGCCGUGGGAAAUGUACCCCUUGGCAGCGAUAUAUGGCCUUGUCAUGGGCGGCCUAAGUAGUUACUGCCGGUCUCUGUACGGAGAGUUGAUCCCCCCCGGCUCCGAGGCCGCAUUCUACGCUCUAUAUGCCAUUACGGACAAGGGAUCCAGUGUCUUUGGCCCAAGUAUAGUUGGCGCGAUUAUCGACCGGACAGGCAGCAUUCGUCCAGCGUUCUGGUUUUUGGGGGCGUUGGUUGGCCUUCCAGCACCGUUGAUAUGGUUAAUUAAUGUUGAGAGGGGAAAGAAGGAAGGCGAGCGCCUAGUGGCCAAGAUUGAGGGCUCAGAAGUGUGCUUAUCGCAAGAAGCUUUGACGGAAGAUGAAGAAGAUGGCUAA